GAAGCAAAGACACAACAAGUUGAAUGUAAGAGAAAAAACUGACCAGUCCUUACAUAUUCUCUACCAUGAUGGAUGUAGGAACGUUACUGCGUCGCUCUUUACUUUUGGCUUUACUUCUAUGUUCAGUGACACAGGAAGCGCGAGGAUUGCUGUGCUAUUGUGAAAGAUGUGUAAAUCAGACAUGCAACACAACUGGCCUGUGCUUUGUGUUCGUCACCAAGACUGCUGGAAAGACUGUGACACAUGAGGGUCAGUGCCUUGAGCUGGAUAAUCUGUUCCCAAAGGACAGACCAUUCCAGUGCGCCCCCACCAACCAGGGCAGGCACCCGUACUGCUGCAACGACACCCACCUGUGCAACAAGAACCCCAAAGUCAACUUCCCAGAUGAUCCAACAGAACAGAGGUCUUUGAGUCCAGUGACCUUGGCCGCUAUGAUUGCGGUGCCCAUCUGUGUGCUGAUCUUUGCUCUAGUGCUACUUUUCUAUAUGUGCCACAAUCGCUCCAUCAUCCACCAUCGUGUGCCAAGUGAGGAAGACCCCAGGAUGGACCACCCCUUCCUCGCGGACGGCACCACUUUAAAAGACCUCAUCUAUGACAUGACGACCUCUGGAUCAGGCUCAGGCUUGCCGUUACUCGUACAGAGGACCAUCGCCAGGACCAUCUUACUGCAGGAGAGCAUAGGAAAGGGCCGUUUCGGAGAGGUGUGGAGAGGCCGUUGGCGUGGAGAGGAGGUGGCAGUAAAGAUAUUUUCCUCCAGAGAGGAGCGCUCCUGGUUUCGUGAAGCAGAGAUCUAUCAGACUGUAAUGCUUCGUCAUGAAAACAUCCUGGGUUUUAUUGCUGCAGACAAUAAAGAUAACGGCACAUGGACUCAGCUGUGGCUGGUUUCUGAUUACCAUGAACACGGCUCGCUCUUUGACUACCUGAACAGGUACACGGUCACGGUGGAGGGCAUGAUUAAGCUCUCGCUCUCCACUGCCAGCGGUCUAGCUCAUCUGCAUAUGGAGAUUGUGGGUACUCAGGGUAAGCCUGCUAUUGCCCAUCGUGAUCUGAAAUCCAAAAACAUUUUGGUAAAGAAGAAUGGAACCUGCUGCAUCGCUGACCUGGGCCUGGCAGUGCGCCACGAUUCUGCCACAGACACCAUCGAUAUCGCACCCAAUCACAGAGUGGGCACCAAAAGGUAUAUGGCCCCCGAGGUUCUGGAUGACUCCAUUAACAUGAGGCAUUUCGAGUCUUUUAAAAGGGCGGACAUCUACGCCUUAGGUCUGGUGUUCUGGGAGAUCGCGCGCAGGUGCUCGAUCGGAGGCAUUCAUGAGGACUACCAGCUUCCCUACUACGACCUUGUUCCCUCUGACCCAUCAGUUGAGGACAUGAAGCGGGUAGUUUGUGAUCAAAAGCUUCGUGCCAACAUCCCUAACAGAUGGCAGAGCUGUGAGGCCCUGCGUGUGAUGGCGAAGAUCAUGAGGGAAUGCUGGUAUGCCAAUGGAGCGGCUCGGCUCACUGCACUACGUGUGAAAAAGUCUCUGUCACAGCUCUGCCAACAAGAGGGCAUCAAGAUAUAAAGCAACAUUGUCUCAUCUAUCAUUGUGCACUGCCUGUUCCUCCAUUGAUCUAAGAUGGCUUGGAGGUUUACUUCAGCACAUUAACAGGACAUCACAUUAAGGAUCUGCCAGGACUUUUGAGCGACCGGUGUAAUUUGGUCUUGCGAACGUGGUCCGUAAGAAGAUGCAUUGUUAUCAUAAAACACCACCUUAAGAAACCUUUACCACAGGAUUCAAAUCUAUACAGUAGGUCCUCUGGGAUGUGAGUCAACCCGUUGUUUAGUGGCUGACUACACUCUUAACUAGCAAGUGUAUUGUGCUUUACCCUUUUUGGACUGCUGUGUGUUGUGUUUUUUUGUAUAUAGCUUACUUGCUUAUGUAUAUUGGUAUGCUGAUGUAUUCAUUUAUAGGGUUAAACGUGUGUGUGUAUGUAUAAAUACCGCAAUGUUCUAUGUCUCAUGUUACCAAGAAGUGCCAGUGCUCUGAAUCAUUCGUGUGUUUACCAUAUUUGGUAAAAAGUGUCUCUGCGGAUUUUGAGUCACUAUGUUUGAAUUACUGUUAGCACAAGCGCUUGUUUGCAUGUCGAAAAGGUGAGCCUUAAAGGAAAAAUUGUUUAAUUGAUCGUUUGUUUGUGACUUGAGUCUGUCUGGAAUGCUUUCAUAAAUAUGAAACACGGACAGAAGUAAAUUGUAAAGGCAAGUGCAGUCAAUGUAUUGCAUUUUAUAGCUGGCUGGAUUCAGCAGUCUUUAAGAGACGUGACUUGCCGUGAAAGCAAAGAAAGGCCAGCUGGCACAAAGGCCAAUCUAGCUAUAGUGCUACACUUGACAUAUUUUCCUCUUGUUGCAUUUUCAGUUACAUGAGCAUGCAAAUAUGUAGCCCUAUUCAGAUUGAACAGAAAGAUGUAAAACUUUUUGCUCCAAGUACCGCAGACGAGGUCUUGAAUGUUGCGCAUAUUGAAUUCUGUACACGUUUCUGUACAUGUGUACAAUGUAGUUACAGCUGAAACUUCAGUAUUAGGCCAUUAAUUUCUGCUAGUUUGCUCUAUGUACUUUUUUAUAGUGCUGUAUUAGUUCAGGUCAGCAUAAGAAGCUUUUUGGUUAUUAUAAUGUGACAUUGCACAUGUCAUCAAUCAUAAAUGAUUGAGCCACAAAGUAUCUUGUGGACUUGCGUAUGUGUAGCUGUCUUUACGUCAGUAUUUGGUCUAAAACACAGUAAGUGCUAUUGAAUAUUUUGUCGUAUCGGGCGUGAGAGAAUGUUGAGAGCGUAUGAAUGCACUUUAAGUCUUUUAGUUUUCUCUUUAUAUAGAUAAGAAAGAAGUGGCUAAUAUAUGAAAAUCUAUAUUUACAAAGAAUCCAAAUAUUGUGGUUACUCGGCUUAAGUGUGUAAAGUGGAAAUCUCCAUUUGAGAGACUGUAGGUAGAAGUCUGUGUAAUGAUGCUGAAUACUACUCUAAAGACAUGCAACAAUCACCAGCAGCCUUCAUGUUUCUUUUGAAAAAUACAAGUGUCUAGGUGUGUUUUGUAGAUGUAUACCCACAGUCUCACCAACUUCAACUCUUUUUUUUUGUAAUUUAGUGUGCCAUGUAAGUUUGCAAAAGAAACAUACAUAGUACAUAGUCUCUUUGGUGUCAUUUUGAAUGUGCAGUAUUUCAAAGGUGGGAAGGUGUUCCCUCUACUGUAGCACCACAGCUCCUAUCGCCACAUAUAGCAUUAACUCAAUGAAUGAAUGUUGUACAUAAGGUCUUAUGAAUACUUAUACUGUGAUUUCCAAGCCAGAUUUCAAACUCACUGUGCCCUCCAGUGCAUGAUGCAAUACAAGUGCCUCUGUUUUAUGAAGGUUUGUGCUUUAUUGCUAUUCGCAACCUCAAAAUAUAGUAAAAGUUCCAGCGCAGAUUUUUGCAAAAAAAAAAAGAAGAUAUAAUCUUCCUCAUAUUUAAAGGAAGUUCUGGGUACUUUGCUGUUUGGUUAUUCUUGUCUUGUGACACGUUUGAUCAGUUGUUCAGUUUCUUUUUCUGUGUCAGUCAAUCCACAUAAGCUGUAAUGAAGCCUUUUUAUGUUCAGUACCUACUUGACGGACUGUGUACAGAAAAUACUUUUGAGUAUUCUGUUAAAUUGAAGCAUUUACAUGUAAAAAAACAAAAACGUGUGCUUUAAAAACAAUUCAUGUCAAAGCCUAAUAUGGACCAAUGCUCAAUGAUUUACCUCAAUCAUUUUUUUUAUUUCUGUAAAUUUUACAUUUUGCUUCGUAUAAAGGAAUUGUAUUAAAAAAAUGCACAUUUAUUGUUGUAUGUUUUGUUUUUGUAAAAACCGUAUUCAAUGUAUUGUAUUCUUAAUAUUUAAAACAUUUGUCAGUCUGUGUAAAUGAAAGUGAUGUUUGUUUUUAUGUCGAUGUUUCUGUUGAUGAAUUUCAUUCAGGUUUGGCACGUCUGCCUGUGGCAUCAGUGCAGAGAAAAGUCCACAUGAAGAUGAAUCACCAUUUGUUACUGUAGCAAAAUAGGAAUGCUAAAAAUUGCAUAAAAAUAUUUUUGCUUAUGACAGAUUACAAAUCUUGUAAAUGUAAAAUAUGUGUUAAUAAAUAUGUAUUUUAAGUCA